AUGAAAAGCCACUGGAAAAUUACAGCUUUCUUUUACCUGUGUAGUUUUCUCUGGUCUUUCAUCUCAGCCACCAUCCAGCACCAAUCAAGACUACCAGUUAUUCUGGGUGCCAGUCACAGAAUUGAUAUCUGCCCAACAAUCAGGAUUGGCCAAGAUGACUUACCAGGCUUUGACCUGAUUUCUCAGUUUCAAAUAGAAAAAGCUGCUUCCCAAGGAAUUAUAGAGAGAGUAGUGGGAUCCACUUCUCUACAAGUAGCUUAUAAAUUGGGACCCAAUGUAGACUUCAGGAUACCAACCAGUGCCAUAUAUUCCAACGGAUUGCCUGAUGAAUAUUCCUUUCUAACUACUUUUCGGAUGACUGGGGCCACACUUCAGAAAUACUGGACUAUUUGGCAGAUUCAGGAUUCUUCAGGAAAAGAACAAGCUGGAGUGAAUCUCAAUGGUCAAAUGAAAAGCGUUGAGUUUUCUUAUAAAGGAGCAGAUGGAAAGCACCAAACAGCAUCAUUUUUACAUUUGCCUUUUUUGUUUGACUCCCAAUGGCACAAGCUUAUGAUUAUUGUGGAAGCAAACAGUGUCACACUUUUUAUUGACUGUAUUAAAAUAGAAUCCUUAAACAUAAAACCAAAAGGGAAAAUCAACACUGAUGGCUUUGCUGUGCUUGGAAAACUUAAAAAUAAUCCUCAGAUUUCAGUUCCGUUCGAGAUCCAGUGGAUGGUGAUCCACUGCGACCCCCUGAGACCCCAGCGCGAAGGCUGCGGCGAGCUGCCGGCUCGGGUAACCCAGACGGGAGUCGAGAGAGGCCCCCCUGGUCCACCAGGCCCCCCAGGUCCACCAGGGCCACCAGGAGUUCCCGGUAUUGAUGGCAUUGAUGGGGAGAGAGGCCCAAAGGGCCCCCCUGGUCCACCGGGUCCAGAUGGGGAUGCAGGCAAGCCAGGAUCCCCUGGGUUGCCUGGAGAGCCGGGAGCUGAUGGAUUCACAGGACCUGAUGGCUCACGGGGAGCCCCAGGACCAAAAGGACAGAAGGGGGAGCCAGGACUGCCAGGUGCUCGUGGACUUCCAGGCAAGGGGCUUCUUGGACCACCUGGUCCAGCUGGUGCAGCAGGACUUCCUGGGGAAGUAGGUCGUGCUGGUCCACCUGGUGAUCCAGGAAAAAGAGGACCACCAGGGCUACCAGGACCUCCAGGUCCUCCAGGAACAAUUGGCCUGCAAGAUGGUGACGUGUUGUGUCCCAGUGCUUGUCCACCUGGCCGUCCAGGACAUGCUGGCUUAAUGGGUAUGAAGGGGCAAAAAGGCUCAAAAGGAGAGUCUGGUGAACCAGGAAAACAAGGUUAUAAGGGUGAAGAAGGGGACCAAGGACCCAGUGGUGAAGUGGGAGCUCAAGGCCCUCCAGGCAUUCUAGGUAUCAGAGGUAUAACUGGUAUAAUGGGACCCAAAGGUACUAAAGGAGCUCGUGGUCUUGAUGGUGAUCCUGGUCCCCAAGGUCUUCCUGGUGCACCUGGGGAUCAAGGGCAGAGAGGUCCACUAGGAGAGGCAGGUCCAAAGGGAGAAAGGGGUCCUCAAGGUACAAGAGGAAUAAACGGCCUCCCUGGGCCUAAAGGAGAGCCUGGUUUACCAGGAGUUGAUGGCCGUGAAGGGAUCCCUGGAAUGCCUGGAGCUAAAGGUGAACCAGGGAAACCUGGAGCUCCAGGUGAUACAGGGCUCCAGGGAUUGCCAGGUUUCCCAGGCUCUCCAGGUAUGAAAGGCAUUCCUGGCCCAAAGGGUAGUAGAGGUCCUCCUGGGGUGCCAGGGUUAAUGGGAAAUCCUGGUAAACAGGGUCAACAAGGCCCAGAGGGAGAAGCAGGUCCAACAGGACCCCGGGGACCACCAGGUAGCAGAGGGGAGACAGGUCCUGCAGGUCCUCCAGGUUUACCAGGGAAGUUGGGUCCCCAGGGUAAUAUUGGACUUCCUGGACUGCCUGGUCCUCCAGGCCUUCCUGGUGGUAAAGGUGACCGGGGUUCGGUGGGUGAACCAGGACCUAAGGGUGAACAAGGUGCACCUGGAGCAGAAGGAGAUGGAGGAGAAAAGGGUGACUUAGGUGACAUGGGAUUACCAGGAGCAAAGGGAGCUGUUGGUAAUCCUGGAGACCCCGGUUCCCGCGGGCCUGAGGGAAGUCGGGGACUGCCUGGCAUGGAAGGGCCACGAGGCUUACCUGGACCACGAGGCUUGCAGGGUGAGCAGGGUGCCCCAGGCCUGCCUGGCAGUGAAGGUCCAGCUGGAAAAGAACCUAGUGAUCAGCACAUUAAGCAGGUUUGCAUGAGAGUCAUGCAAGAACAAUUAGCUCAGCUGGCAGCCAGCCUUAGGAGGCCAGAAUUUGGUGCUCCAGGUCUUCCUGGCCGACCAGGGCCACCAGGUGCUCCAGGACCUGCUGGUGAAAAUGGUUUCCCAGGACAGCUUGGCCCCCGUGGCCUGCCUGGCCUUAAAGGUCCCCCUGGUGAGAUUGGUCGUAAAGGUCCUAAAGGUGAACAAGGAGAAAGAGGAGAAAGAGGAUUUCCAGGCAGAGGACUGAAAGGUUAUCCUGGACCAAGAGGUCUUCCAGGUGAACCAGGCAAAGCCAGCUACGGCAGGGAAGGCCGUGACGGUGACCGAGGUCCCCCUGGGGUGGCCGGGCAGCCUGGGGUUCCUGGGCCCCCUGGCCCUCCCGGCCCUCCCGGCUACUGCGAGCCAGCGUCCUGCAGGAUGCAGGCGGGACAGAGAGCAGGGAAGAACAUGAAAGGGCCCUGAGAGUGCCACCCUGUGUCAGCAUCCCUUUACAUCCUGCACAGACAGCUGAGGACAAAAUAACCAACCAAGAAGAAAUACAGACACGGACAAACCUUUCAACCAAGGUUUCAGUAAGGUAUUUUUAACACAGUGGUUGUACAUUCUUCCAAAAGGAGUACUUAGCAACACAAGCUGGAACAAUGGUGCUUAGAGAAAUACCCAGGUGCUGCCUUCUACCUUCUCCUAUUGGAGGGGAAUAAAAGGUACAUGUCUGUUUUUAUUUUUGAUUUAAAUAAAGAGUUUGUGUGAUUUUUCUUCCUUCCUUACUUAAUUCCUGUGCAUGAUGUGUACAGUGAAAUAAUGUCUUCAGCCA